AGUGUUUGUGCGUGUAAUCACGCUUUCUCGUAUGAUACAUCACAUGAUCCUUGAGUUUCCGGUGUCAGUUUCAGCCUCACGUGAUGGUUUUGGCUUCAACUUCUCUGCUGCUUACCGAGAAUAAUCAGUUACUUGUAAUCAUGGCCGGUACACGGAUUCAGCUGGUUAUUUUCCUUCUAAGUCUUACCUUAGUUCGCGGUGACGAGCUGCGGUUUCUUGUAAUAGGUGACUGGGGAGGAAUACCUAUCUGGCCAUAUACAACCCCGUACGAGACAGCCGUCAGCAAAGGCAUGGGGAAAAUCGCACAACAACUGGGAACACAAUUUACCGUCGCUCUCGGUGACAACUUCUACUUGAGUGGAGUAAAAAACGUAGAUGACAAGAGGUUUGAAGAAACAUUUGAAAGCGUGUUCACCGCCAAAUCCCUGAUGACCCCGUGGUACUUUUGCGCCGGAAAUCAUGAUCACCGUGGCAACGUAUCAGCCCAGAUCGCGUACAGUUCCAAAUCAAAGCGCUGGAAUUUCCCAGACUUUUACUACACCAAGUCUUGGACGAUUCCUGGUUCUGAUGAGACACUGCAGUUGGUUCUUUUAGACACAGUGCUGCUUUGUGGUAACUCGGGACAUGAUCAAUCACAUGCACAGCCUGAAGGGCCCGAGUCAAUUGAAGAUGCCGAAGCGCAGUGGGAUUGGCUGGAGUCGACUCUUCGUUCAUCAACAGCUCAUUAUCUGAUUGUGGGAGGCCAUUACCCAGUGUGGUCCAUUGCUGAGCAUGGUCCCACUAAAUGUUUAGUUGACCGACUGAGACCCUUAUUACAGAAAUAUCACGUGACAGCCUAUAUCAAUGGACACGAUCACAAUCUUCAGCACUUGAAGGAGAAGAACUCCUCUGUUGAAUAUUUCGUUAUUGGAGCUAGUGGCAAGAUAGACACAAGUACAAACCACAAGAAUGCAGUACCUGAAGGCAGCUCCCUGUUUUUCUGGGCUGACUCCAGUAAAGGUGGAGGAUUUGCAGUAGUACACGUCGAGGCGAGUAACAUGACGUUAGAGCUGGUGAAUUGUGAUGGAACUUCUCUUUACAAAAGAAUGCUCUAUCCUCGUCAGUCAGUGACACUUCGUUAGCGCCACGUAAAGCUGUAAUUUUACAAUAACUGUCUAAUUUCUCGCUCGCUGAUUGGUUCAUUUUUAUCAUCAAUAAGAG